AUGGCGCUAACAUUCCUAAAGCACGGCAAAAUCACCGUCGAUGAAGAGGAGAAGCCAGUACUCAAGGCCGCCCACCGCAAGGUGGACAAGAGGCUUCUUCUAUGGUACGCCUUUGUGUACCUCAUCAUGCGAAUCCACGUCGGCAACAUCAGCAAUGCGGCCAUCAUCAACCUCGAGCAAGGCACUGGCAUCAAGAAGCAGCUCGGCGGCCUCACCAGCUCUCAGUGGGCAUGGACCCUGAGUAUCUUCUACUACCCGUACAUGUUCUUUGAGCCGGUGGCCACCUUGCUGCUGAAGCGGUUCUCGCCUUCUGUGUGGAUGAGCCGAAUCAUGAUUACUUGGGGAAUAAUAUCUAUGUGCCAAGGAGCCACCCAGAAUUAUGCUGGAAUCUUAGCAUGCCGAUUUUUCCUCGGAUUGGCAGAGGCAGGCUUCUACCCCGGCGUCUUAUAUCAUUUGAGCUUCUGGUAUCCCACUGACAAGCUCCCUCUCCGAAUUGCUUUCUUCUACGCCUGCGGAAUGUUUUCCGGCACGAUCAGCGGCCUCCUGGCCUACGCCAUCUCGUUCAUGAACGGAGCUGGUGGCCUCGCGGGCUGGAGAUGGCUCUUCAUCCUCGAAGGAAUUCCCGCCAUCCUUUGCGGCAUCUACACCUUCUUCUUCCUGCCUAACUACCCUGAAACCGCCAAGUUCCUAAGCGAGCCCGAACGAGAGGCGAUCCUCAACGAUCUCCCUGACCAGGCACCGACAAUGAAUGCCAAGACUUUCAGUGUCGAGCAGAUGAAGAACCUGCUGAAGGAUCCUACUUUCAUCCCCUUCCUCAUGAUUUGGAUCACCCAUGGAAUUGGUGGAUGGGGAAUUUCGUUUGUCCUUCCAACCGUCAUCUACGAGCUCGGCAUUUCCAACACGGCCAUCUCUCAGGUCAUGACCAUGCCUCCAUUCACUUUGGUCUUCGUCAUCUUAUUGACGCUGGCCUACUUCAUCCACACCGGCCGUCUCAAUUUGUGGGUCGCCGGAUUGGGAGUUGAGAUAGUGCAGAUCAUCUGCUAUAUCCUCCUCAUCACCAUCAAGCAGCCGGUUGCCAAGUACAUCUUCGUCAUGAUCGCCACUGCGGCUUCGCAGAGCUUCUUCCCAAUCAUCUGGCCGGAACGCAUCCGGGCGGCCAAGGGAACCACAUCGGCCGGUCUGGCGAUUGGCCUGACAAACGCAUCGUGUCAAUUGAUGGGCAUAGUUGGACCGCAAAUCUAUCAACCGAAAUUCGGGCCUACGUAUCGAGUGAGCUUUUCGGCUUCAAUCGGCAUCUUGUCCGCCACGGUCCUCUCUGUGGCUUCCGCGUGGUUCUUUGUCGCUAGAGGGGACAACAAGGCGCGAGCGCAGGCUGACUCGGCGCUGGAAACGGGGGAAUCAGACGGAACGAGCGGGUUCCCCGUACCUAUUGAAAAAGGGGAACUAAAAGCGUGA